GAACAUUACAUCGUUCCCGGGGGGAGUGCCCCACCUACUACAACAAUCCCUACCCCCAUAAUCACCAUUCCAACGCCUACCCCGUUAACUUCCCCAAUGACCUCUGUUCCGGUGUUUCCUCCGAAUUUUCCUGGGCCCAUUGACCCGAUGUAUUUUCAGGCGUUCCAAAAUUUCGGACAAUUUAUGUCUAUGUUCCAACAGCCGGGAGGAUUUUCUCCUAUCAUCCCUGGAUUAUACCCACCGUCAUUCCCACAAACUAACAUCGUCCGGCCAGUUGUCCCAACAAAUCUGGUCGGGGAGAUGAACAAGGCCCAAAAGAAGCUGAAGGGUAAGGUUAUCCAGCCUGAAGGAUCCAGGAGAUCAGCAUUCCAGAGGCUGAGACAUGACGGCAGGAACCAGAACCGCCCAGCCAAAGAACGACUAGGAGUGGAGACUACCCCGGUGAGUGCCUUUGACAGAUUGGGAAGAGGGGCCGGGCGACCUGGUCGGACUAGGCGAACGGAACCACCCCCUCGCAAUGAGCCCCAGAACAGCCAGGCGCCCCGGGAGGAGGAAGCAGAAAGCCAUCCGAGGCACACGGUCCACACCCACGUUGAACAACCAAGGGACCGUGUGGGCCGGGUGGAGGCGCGUCUAGAGAAACUACAACGGUGGGCAAAGUUGGAGGUUCCAAAAUUCAUCAGGAAGGAGGACCCGGAGAUACACGUCAAAACCCUCCACCAAAGUGGGAGAAUGAUGGGUCUUUCUGGAGACGAGAAAUGUUUACUUUUCUUCCAAACCCUCCGUGGUCGGGCCGCUGAGUGGUUUCACAACCUCCCGGUCGGUGAGAUUGACUCUUUUGAUGAAUUGGCCGAGGUGUUCCAGGAAAAGUUUAAGGAGAACUGUACCAAGAGGAAAAAGUUUACCUACUUGAGUACGGCCGGGCAGAGGGAACACGAAGAUCUGACCAAUUUCCUUACCCGGUGGAAGGACGAAGUAGACAAGGGGGAAAAGAUGGACGACAAGACAGCAAUGUCCCUCUUGGUCUCCGGGCUUCGUUCCAGAGAGUUGUACAAAGAAUCUUUCUGGAGACCUCCCCAGUCUUACCAAGAGGCCUACAACACGGCCUGGGAUUACGCCGACGCUGAAGCACAUGUUUCCUCCAAAAGGGAAGCCGAACAAGGCCACUCCAAGGGAAGGAUUUCCUUGAAAAAGGAAAUCGAAUUGCCCGGCAGGGUAAAAGCAGAAGUCCUGGGGGAGAAGCCGGCCAAGCAAAUGAUUGAGGCCGGGGAGCUUGAUCCAGAGUAUCUAGCUCAGGAGAAACAAAAGAAAAACCAAUGGGUCCGGCCUGAAGGACAACCGGUCGAGCAGAACAAGAAGAAGAAAGCAGCCGGUAAGGAGCAUUUGCAAGUCAUCUAUGGUGGACCGGAAGGGGGAGAUUCUUCUUCCCAAAGAAAGAAGUGGGGACAGGAACUCUACGUUGGCACAGUUGCCUCAGGUCCCCGGCCAAAGCAGACCAGACGGGAUCCGAUCACUUUAACGGAUCGAGAUCUUCCCGCCACCAGGGAAGAUCACAAUGACCCCCUGGUCAUAACCAUGAAUAUGGGUGGAGUCGAUGUCUCCCAAGUACUUGUUGACACAGGCAGUAGUGUCAAUGUUUUGUACUUGGAGGCCUUUGAGAAACUCAAGCUGUGUCUAACGCGGCUUGAGCCCUUAAAGACUCCCCUGUCCGGGUUCACUGGGGAUUCUGUUGAAGCUGAGGGCUCAAUCCUCUUAACUUGCGAGUUGGGCACGGGAGAUAAGGUCAUCCAAAAGCAUAUGAGGUUCGUAGCGGUGAACAUCAAAUGUGUUCACAAUUCCAUCUUGGGCCGGCCUGGAAUAAACAAGGUUCGAGGAAUCAUCUCCAUGGCUCACCUCUGCAUGAAGUUCUAUACGCCGGGCGGUAUAGGACAAGUCAGAGGGGAUCAGAAGAAGGCCUGGUCUUGUUACCUUGAGGCCGUAAAGAAAAUGACAAAUGCGUUCGAAAGGGUUACCCUGGUGUCCCAGGAAGAAGACCGGUCAAAGUUGGAGCCGGGUGAUGAAAUUGAGCAGAUCGUUCUCCGGGAAGCAUUCCCUGAGAGAAUGGUGAGAAUCGGUCGGCCAGGAUCUACCCGGAGGACUUCGAGAGGAAAUCAUCUCGGUCCUUCGGGAGUACGCUGACAUAUUCGCUUGGAGCGUGGCGGAUAUGCCGGGCAUCGACCGUUCCGUUAUCUGUCACCGGUUGGCAGUAAUAGAAGGUAGCCGGCUGGUGAAACAAAAUAAGAGACACUUAGUAAAUGUCCGAAGGGAGUUUGUUAAGAAAGAAGUGAGGGAUCU